UAAAACACUCGUAAUGAGGAGGCGCGAUCAUGGCGGACGUGUUGAGUGUUCUUCGCCUGUACAACAUCCAGAAAAAGGAGAUUGUGGCGAAAGGGGAUGAAGUUAUUUUUGGGGAAUUCUCCUGGCCUAAAAACGUCAAGACUAACUAUGUUAUUUGGGGUACUGGAAAGGAGGGACAACCGAAAGAGUACUACACUCUUGACUCCAUUCUUUUUCUGCUCAACAAUGUGCAUCUUCCUCACCCUUCAUAUGUGCGCAGAGCAGCAACAGAGAACAUUCCUGUUGUAAGAAGACCGGACAGAAAAGACUUACUGUCUUAUCUCAAUGGAGAAAGUUCAUCAUCAACGAGUAUCGACAGAAGUGCGCCCAUUGAGAUUGGGCUCCAAAGACCUACCCAAGUUAAAAGGGCUGCAGAUGACGUGUCCUCGGAGGCAAAAAAGCCACGGGUUGAGGAUGCGGAGUGUGUGCGUCUGGAUAAGGAGCGUCUGGCCGCUCGUCUGGAAGGUCAUAAGGAAGGCAUUGUGCAGACAGAUCAGAUCAGGUCACUGUCAGAGGCCAUGUCUGUGGAGAAGAUCGCUGCUAUUAAAGCUAAGAUCAUGGCAAAGAAGCGUUCCACCAUUAAGACUGACCUGGAUGAUGACAUCACCAUGAAACAGAGAAGCUUCGUGGAUGCAGAAGUGGAUGUGACCAGAGACAUUGUGAGCAGAGAGAGAGUGUGGCGGACGAGAACAACGAUUUUACAGAGUACUGGCAAGAACUUCUCCAAAAGUAUAUUUGCCAUACUGCAGUCGGUGAAGGCUCGAGAAGAGGGUCGAGCACCUGAACAGAGACAAACGCAGAACCAAACUCAGGUGGAUGCAGCAAUAAGAAAUAAACAGCCAGUCCCAGCUGCCUACAACAGAUACGAUCAGGAGCGAUUCAAAGGGAAAGAGGAAACGGAGGGAUUCAAAAUUGACACUAUGGGAACCUAUCACGGAAUGACCCUUAAGUCUGUGACGGAAGGGGCAUCUGCUAGAAAGGCCCAGACGCCAGCCAUGCAACCUGUACCCAGGCCAGUGUCUCAAGCAAGACCUCCGCCCAAUCAAAAGAAAGGUUCAAGAACUCCCAUUAUUAUCAUCCCUGCAGCUACAACAUCUUUAAUCACAAUGCUCAAUGCCAAGGACCUCUUACAAGACCUUAAGUUUGUUACACCAGAGGAGAAGAAGAAGCUGGGCAUUCAGAGAGACAAUGAGGUUCUGCUGCAGAGACGGAAAGAUCAGGUGCAGCCAGGUGGAGCCACGCUCACCGUCACUGUUCCCUACAGAGUCAUCGACCAACCACUCAAACUGGCUCCACAGGAUUGGGAUCGUGUAGUUGCCGUCUUUGUCCAGGGUCCUGCCUGGCAGUUCAAGGGCUGGCCGUGGCUUCUGCCCGAUGGAUCCCCUGUCGAUAUUUUUGCCAAAAUCCGAGCCUUUCACCUGAAGUAUGAUGAGGCACGGAUGGACCCAAAUGUCCAGAAGUGGGACGUGACUGUGCUGGAGCUGAGCCAUCACAAAAGGCAUCUGGACAGACCGGUCUUCCUCCGCUUCUGGGAAACACUGGAUAGAUAUAUGGUCAAACACAAGUCCCAUCUGAGGUUCUGAGAUCGCUUGCUGUACAGCUGUCAGCUUGUCAAGACCGUCAAGAGUCUCCCUCUAAAAACCUGCCAAGAAUGGACUAUUACAGACCCAAAUUCACUCAGUCCCCCUGAAAGCACUUUGAAUAUCCAUCUGCUUCACCUUCUGCUGAUUCUUUCUUACACCCAUAGAUUAAUGCGAGUGUCUACAGGUUGUGGUCAAGAGGACAUUUAAAAGUUUGGGUUGGCCCUUUCAUGGUUUCUAAGUAGGAGAAUCCUGUUUUCUAUUUGAUAUGCUUUCUUGUUUUUUUUUGUUUGUUUUUUACAAUCCGCUGUAAAACACGACUUGGGUAAAAGAAAACCAUUAUAAAUGGUUUGCUGAUAUGAAUAAACUAAGGAAAAUAUCAAA